CGUUUCCCUUCUUUCCGUCACAGUGAGCUGUGCUCAACAAUGGCUUCUCUCACCAGAGCUGCUCUGCUCACCUCUUCUGCCAUGGCGAAACCGAGUCUCUCGUCUUCUCUCUUUCAACCGCAGAAUCCUACUUCAAUGCUCCCAACCUCCGUCGCUCCUCGGCCGAGUCAGUUCCUUAGCUCGGCUUCCCUCUGCAGGCCUCUGAGGGCCGUUGCCAGCCCCUCUUCCGCCCCAAUCGAACAUGAUGUCGGAGAAGACGCGCAUUCGCUUCGGCAAAUCUGCACUGGUCAUGUUCCGGAUCACGUAUUGCGCAGAAUGGAAGAAGUUGGGUAUGUUGUACCUACUGAUGUGCAGAGGCAAGCCUUGCCUGCUUUAUUCUCUGGACGGGAUUGUAUUCUCCAUGCUCAGACAGGUUCUGGGAAGACACUCACGUACCUGCUAUUGAUAUUUUCAGUUAUAAACACCCAAAGAUCAGCUGUGCAAGCAUUGAUAAUUGUGCCAACACGAGAACUUGGUAUUCAAGUAACGAAAGUUGCACGCUUAUUAGCUGCGAAGCCUAUGGAAGAGGAGAUGGAGCAGAAAUCUUGUACGGUCAUGGCUCUUUUGGAUGGAGGCAUGUUACGACGACAUAAAAGUUGGCUAAAGGCAGAGCCUCCUCCAAUAGUUGUGGCUACUGUUGGGAGUUUGUGCCAAAUGCUGGAAAAGCUGGUGUUUAAGCUUGAAUCUCUUCAAGUUCUGGUUGUUGAUGAGGUUGAUUUUAUGUUCAAUUCUUCCAAACAAGUAAGCUCUCUCCGGAAGCUUCUAACCUUUUACUCGUCAAGCAAUAACCGUCAGACCAUCCUAGCGAGUGCAUCCAUCCCCCAGCACAGACGAUUCUUACAUGACUGCAUCCAACAGAAAUGGACAAAGAGUGAUGUACUUCAUAUUUAUGUCAACCCAGUAGAGCCGAUGCCUUCAUCUCUAAAUCACAGAUUCAUGAUAUGUCACAAGAACAAGAGACAUGAAACCUUGCUAUCCUUAAUAAAAUCUGAUGCCCCUGAGUCUGGCAUUAUUUUUGUUAAUGAGCAGUCUGAGAAGUCAAAAAAGGCUGGGAAUGCACCACCAACGGCUCUCUUGUUGGAAUUCUUGAGGAGUUCAUAUCAAUGCUCUUCAGAUAUCCUCCUUCUAGAAGAAGACAUGAACUUCAAUUCCCGGGCAGCUUCUCUGUUGGAAUUAAGGCAGAAAGGUGCCUAUCUUCUUGUGGCAACAGAUCUAGCCGCCCGAGGAAUCGACCUUCCAGAAACAACUCAUAUUUACAACUUCGAUCUCCCGAGGACUGCUGUCGAUUAUCUUCAUCGAGCUGGAAGGACAGGCAGGAAACCAUUUUCGGACAAGAAAUGUUCAGUCACAAGUAUCAUAACCUCAGAAGAGAGGUUUGUUUUGAAGAAAUACGAGAAUGAGUUAAUGUUCGACUGCGAAGAGCUUUUCCUAUAACUUUUGGCCCCGAUGCCGUCUCUUGUAUGGUGUAGUAGUUGAUUUUCUUCCUCUGCUAAAAUUACUCGAGCAGAUGAAACACAUAACAUAGAAAGAACUAGGAGAGAUUGUAUUCCGCGACGAUGUUUUUAAACCAUGAAGUAGAAUCAUCAAUCAGUUAUGUAAGGACAGUAGCUAGUCACUUUCCUGAUAAUCCUGUCUAUGGAUCUUAUCUAUUGUUACCCAAUGUCUACGGGCUGAUGAAGAUGCCUUUUCACAUA